UCGCGUUUUGUGCUCGCGAUCCAUGAGCCUUCUGGCUCGGACGGAUCUUACGAGCUCGGUACGAAGCUUGUAACACAUACAUACAUACACAUACAUACAUACACUUCUUAUUGUAACCCAUCGGCUUCUAUACUCAACCAGUACUGAGGAAAUGCGACUCUAUUGCGUUUAAGACGAUAUCUUCUGGAACCUAAAAUGAACUUGAGAGCGGCGUUGCUCAUUGGAGUAGUCGCACUCCUGUUCAGCUCUGACCUUCUAGCGACUUUUGCUGGGAGCAAAGGGCCGCGCAGGCCUGCCGACCCAGAUGGUGGCCUCUCGCUUGGCGGCAAGCUGCACAUAGCUUUCUGUAGUAGCUGAGGCAUGCGAGGCGCGUUUGGGCAAGUGUACCAGCUUACUCAAACGCGCUAUCCGGGUUUGGAGGUAAUCGGCACGCACUACCCGGUGCCAGCAUGGAAGUACCCGUUCAUCCGGGCAGCGCAGUUCGCCCAGCUGUCGCUAAUAGCUGUUUGCAUCUUUGGAGACCGCAUCUUCCGGCACCUAGGUAUCCCGCCGCCGGAAUGGUACACGCGACACGUGGUGACCAAUCGCUUCGGUGCCGUGUUCGGUGUUUGGUUUGCUGGCAACUUCAUAAUGACCAACCUGCAAAACACGGGCGCCUUUGAGGUCUACUACGACGGACAACUGAUCUUCUCCAAGCUAGCGGAGGGUCGCAUGCCCACCCUCCAGGACCUCGUAGGGCCCCUAGACGCACUGCUCCUCACCCCAGCUGCCGUGGCCGCACGCGCAGCUGCUGGUGUUGCUGCCGGUUUGGGUGCUGCUGCUGGCGUUGCGGGCAUGGACGGGGCGGAUGCUGGAAUGGGCGACUUUGCCGGCCAGGUCAGGUAGCGGGAGCGGCGAGCUGGCAACCCGGGGCCUCACACCGGCCGGCGGAGCUGCCUCUGCUGCUGCUGCUGGUGGUGCCGUAAGCUCUAGCAGCCGGGAGCAAGCAAGACGUCAUGUGUGUCGUGGACAUGUUGAUAAGUUUGUCAAAGGGAGUUUAUGGGCGGCUUGCAGGUGGCUUGCAAGUGGGAAGCCGGCCCAGCACGUACAUGGUUUGGGGCGCAUGGGACAUGGGGG